AUGAAGGCCAACCCACCACCAACUCUCCGGUCCAUACCCCUCCUCCUCCUCACCACCACCGUCCUCCUCCUCCUUCUCCCCCCAGCCUUCGCCCACUCGCACCCGGACCCUUCAACCCUCGACCCUGCCCAACAAGCAAACACGCCCAUCGACAAUAUUCUCUACCUCCAUAUGAUGGUUCAAGUGAUUGCUUGGGGGGGUUUAUUUCCACUGGGCAUGGUGCUGGGGAUUGUUAGGUCGAGGUGGCAUGUGCCUGUGCAGGUUGGCGCGACGGUUUUGACUAUCGGCGGGUACAUAUUAGGCCACUCCCAUAAAGGGCGGCAAUUCCCACACACCGCGCACGGCUCCUUCGCAUCAUUACUUGCAGUCUGCUUAGCAGCGCAAGUCUCACUCGGCCUCUACCUAAAACUCCACAUCCACGAAGGCACUCGGUUCCGCCGCCUCAUUGUCAUCACACACGGCAUCCUCGGCAAAUCCUGGCCAAUCCUAGCCUGGACACAGAUAUUACUCGGCGUCGUCGCCUCCCUCGGCUUCUGCACCGGCGAGCACCUCGGCCAAUGUCUCGCGCACCUCAUCAUGGGCUCCGCCUUCAUCGCCUACGGCUCCCUGCUAGUCCUCAUGCUCCGCGUCGGAUCCGCCUGGCUCGCCCGCCAGAACAAAUCCCAGGAGUUCAUCGACUCGUUCGUGUUGAUGGUCUGGGGGAUUGUCAACACGUUCACGGAACACGGGUGGGGCACACCGUGGAGCCAUAAGGAUAUGCAGCAUACGAGUAUGGGGAUCGUGUGGUGGGCUUCCGGGGCGCUGAGUCUGUUUCUAUCUCGAAACGGCCGCCGGUCGAUUUUUCCGGGGAUCAUACUGAUUUUCACGGGGUACUCGUUUUUCACGCACGCACAAAGUCUUGAAUUCUCCGCGAAAUUGCAUGCGGCGUUUGGGGGGACGUUGAUGCUUGCUGGGUUGACACGGGUGAUCGAGAUCUCUUUCAUCUUGAGAGACGCACCCGCGGACAGUGCCAACGUCCGAUCGUUCCAACACAUCCCCCCUUUCCUCCUCACCGUCUCCGGCACAAUGUUCAUGACGGUCACCGAAGAACAGCUCGCGUUGAUCAACGGUAUCGGGGUGGACCAUUCGACUUACAUCCUCCUCCAAAUCACCAUUGCGUCGCUGACAUACCUGUGGGUCAACGCCCUCAUCUCCGUAUACUCGACAUCGGGGAGGAACGCGGCUCCGAUGAGCGCGAAUCCGCUGUUACCAAAGACCGAGUCGUCGCGGCCGCGGAAUCCGAAUAACGCGGGUGAUGGGGGAGUGUAUCAACCGCUGCAGACGCCGUCGAGUAGUGAUGAGGAUGAGGAGACGAUCUCGGAUGAUGAUUCAAUCUUGGAUGCGAAGGGCAAGGGGAGGGGUGCGAAUAGAGGGGUGGCGGGGUAUGAUGAGGAUGUGCAGUUGCGACGGAUGUGA